UUAUUUUUUUUAUGUUAUUGUGAUACAUUUGUUAAAGGGGAAAAAAAAGAAAAAUAUUACAGUAACGAGUCACCUGAAAGUACACAAGCCCCGCCCACACGAGUCUCUUUCCAUCAUCCGCGUGCAAACAAACCCAUGAUUGUCAACCAGAGGCUUCUCACCCAGUUUCAGUCUCUCUCACUCAGAAGCGCAAACACAUGGAGACUCGAGACCUCGGGUAGUUUUCCCCGUGAGCCUCACUGUUUCCACUCAUAACACGAGCGCCAUGAGUCUGGGAGAAGAGCUGUGUUAUAAAGCACAUAAGAUGGAAGUGGAGGAAGACUUCUACUCGUAUGAGUUAAGUCAUGAUGAAGGUCCGCCGGAGUAUAAAGACAGUGAGGAUCUAUUGGCAGCGCUUCGGCAGAAGGAGGACGAGGUUCUUCUGGCAGCUCAGCUGGGGAACGCUCUUCUUCUGGAGAACACACAGCUGAAACAGCAGAGAGACGCGCUCCAGGAGCAGCACGCGCAGCAGCUCGAGGAGCUGGAGCAGGGCCGGUUCGAGCUGCGGGUGAAGCUGGAGGACUGCCAGGCGCAGUGGGAGAGUCAGGUGUCUGAGCUGGAGCGAGACGUGCAGGAGCUGCAGGCGCAGGUCGAGAGACUGAAGCGGAGUCUGAGUGAGACGGAGAGAGAGAAGAGCAGACUGAAGCAGGAGCACAGCGAACACAGCCAGAGACUCGCAGAACAGCUGCAGAGGGGAAUGGAAGUGGAGCGAGCCAUGACCAGCGAGCUUCAAAGACUGAAAGAAGAAAUGAGAGAAAGGGGGCAAGCCAGACCCCAGGACGAAGAAGUCAUCAACGCACUUAGAGAACAGGUGGCACGGCUCACGCAGCGGGAGCAAACACUCAAGCAGCGCUUAAAGAUGACUUGUCACGAGAAUGAGGAACUAAAAGACACCGUGACGGCGCUCCACGCACGCCUGGAUCUACAAGAACAACAGAGUCACACACACAUACAACAGCUGGCAGAGGCCUGGCGGGAAGUGCACGGGGUUCGAUCCCGGGCUCAAGAGCUGCAGUGUCAGGUCCAGGAGCUGCAGGAGGAGGUGGCCCUCCAGGAGAAGAGUCACAACGACUCCUCUUUACUGUCUGAGCUUGAAAACAAUCUGGACGUGGCAGACUGGAGCCUGGACAAAGAACAGGUGUGUCAGGAGCUGCACUGCAUCCUGGAACUGCUUCAGCCUGUGGCCUACAGAUCAGAGGCCGAGCAGGACUCAGAUGACAGCCUGCAGGGCAUGCUGGGACAGCUGAGACACACAGCACACUGGAUGAGUGAGACACUACAGGAGAAGAGGAAGUCCGCUGUGGGAUCGAUGAGUGGUCCGUGUGAGAAUGCCAUCCGGAUACAGGAGCUGCAGGAUCAGAAUGAGCGUCUCAUAGCCGAAAACACAGAGCUCAUGCUGAGAGCCGAGAGACUUGUGGAGCAGGAAGUAGUUCAGCAGGCCAUAAAGGAGCGCGAUGAUGCCAUCACUAAGAAGACUGUGAUGGAGACAGAGCUGCUGAGGACAAAGCAUGAUAUGAUGUGUUUAAACAACCAACUCCUGGAAGCCAUUCAGCGCAAACUUGAGCUGUCCCAGGAACUGGAGGCCUGGCAGGACGAUAUCCAGGUCAUCAUCAAUCAGCAGCUGAGGAGCCAGCAGCAGACAGAACAGCCUCAGAAGAGAUCAGCGGGUCGGCUUUCUUUCCUGCAUAAGUCCAGACGGCCGUCCGGUCGAUCAGACAUCUGCCCCGAGCAGAACCAGACGCCCUGGAGAGACUGGCUCAAACGCAGCAAAUAAACCUGCUGAGAACAUAUCAGACGCUCAUGGAUGAUGAUCCACUGCCAAAGCCAAAAAGAUGAAUCUCACAAAAAAAAAAAAACAUUUAAUAUAAAUGCUAAAUCUGAUUUCUGGUUUCCGUCAUCUUUGGAUUGAAAUGUGUUUUUGAAAAGGGUUUUGUGAGAUUCAGUUGUAUAUUCUGACUAUUGUACUUAAUGUAAAUAAUGACAGAAUGAAUACAGUGACAUCAUGCUGGUCAUGAUCUUGUUGAUUUUGAAUGGCAUUUAAAAUAAUAUUAUAUAAUAACAUUAUGUAGAACAAAACAUUUACCUGAACUGCACAUGAAGGAAUGCCUCGGUAGAAUGAAAUACACCAGAUGAUGUUUGAGUUCAAAUCUGACACUGUUCCCGUUCACUAAUGCGUUCAUAUGAAGGGUCUGUAGUGCUCAGACAUUGUCAUGAUUUACAGAACAAUUCACUGAUUCAGAUGUUCAUGGCUGAAACACAUCAAGUAUCUUCUGUGUCAUCACUAAUGCAGUUUUUUUUUUUUUUUUUUUUUUUGCAAUUCAGUUUUGUAUGUAAUUUAUAUCUUUGUCAAUGUGACAUUUGUACAAUUAAAUGGUUUAUGCAUAGCACUGUCUUUAGGAUAUUUGUGCAUUUGCACUUCAGACUUCAGUAAAAGCAGAAAAGAAAAUCAGUUGUGUGAAGCAUUUGA